CUCUCUCUCUCUCUCUCUCUCUCUCUCUCUCUAUCUCUCUCUCCCCUGCUGACCCCAUAAGCCACAUGAACACCAUGCUAUUUACAAGCUUCUGUGGUGGCUGGAAAGCAGCUCAGCGUCCGAGGGAAGGCUGUGAGACAUGUACUGAUUGGAAGAGCGAGCUUUUUUCUUCUUCUUUCCUUAUUUGCUCAAGUCCUACUUGUUGAGGGGUGUAAUGAUCAUGGCCGGCAUGCUCCCCGGCGUGGAGUGCGCCCGGCGGCGGCGAUUCCAGAACGGUGGCUCCGUCGACUCCCUAACCAGCUGCUCAAGGAGAUCAGCCUUUCCCCUUUGCACAACCGGGCAUGACAUGCAUCCCAGCAGUAGCAUCUCCAUGCAGAGAUCCAUCAUGAACAAGGAGAUCCACGAAGAGGCACUUGGACAUGCUGCUAGGGAAGCCAGGGAGAGGUUGGAUGCAAGACUGAGGAUCAAAAGGCACAACAGCUUGGGAUGCAUGAAGCUGGGCAAGAGCGAAGGGUGCAGCCAUGGACGGCUGCACAGGAUCCUUGGCAGCGUGCAGAGGCAGGUGUUCUCUUCCAAGAAGUUUAGCUGGAGCAAGUUGAGGUGGAAGGCAUCAGAGCAAGCAGAUUGUGCAGUGUGCUUGGAGGAUUUCCAGGAAGGAGACAUGUUGGUUCACCUGCCAUGCGCUCACAGGUUCCACUGGAAUUGUGUGCUGCCAUGGCUGGAAAGCAGCUCCCAUUGCCCAUGCUGCAGAAUGACAAUCUUUCUUGGAUAGCUGAUCAAUUCUGCAAGUAGCAUUUAAAGAUGGAAAGAUCUUAAUCAGUGUUCUACAGUAAAUUAGUGGACCAAUCUACUAUUCUAUAACUUAGACCGAGCAUUGUAUUGGAGAUUAAGAUUGCUGCAAAAGUUACAGGAGUUUUUGCUACUCUUGUGCAAAUUUGAUGGAACAACUAAGCAAGUAAAAAAGAGAGGUUGAUAUGUCUAAAUUGAUUCUGAUGAAGGAUGAGGAAAGAAUGAUAACACAUGUAAAUCCAUUAAGACCUUUUGGAUGUGAGAAUAUUCACUAUUUCACUUUA